AACACUUUCCAGGAUUAUCACCUCUGGUUUCUGCAAAUGGACUUUCUCUUUUUGGAAACAAGUGGAAGAGCAGCACACUGCUGUGGCAAGUUCCCAGCUUUCAGCAAUCUGUCGCAUGGGGGCUUGUCUCCUGAGCACAAGAUCAUGUCUCUGCAUUGAGAAGCCUAUGGUGAUUACUUCUACCUGUCUUGUCAGCUCUGCUGGCAGCACCAUCACCACCGCAGCACUGCUCCAGUCCUCCUGCUCUGCUCCCCAAGCCUGAGCUGACGCAGAGUGAGCACCCAGGGAUACCGCCUGCCGGGAACGGCCAGCCAGAGGGACAGCGAGUCACUCCAUCCCAAAGACGAGCUCAGGAUUUCACCCUGGAGCCGUGCCAUGGGGACGGACCAAGUGCCAUGGAGCAAAUCCAGCCUGAAAGAGGGUAACUAUUUAUUCCUAAGCAAACUGGACUCUAAAUGCUGCUGAACUGGAAUUCAGUUGUUCUGCAUUGCUCUGCUAUUGCGAACAAACCACUUCUGAAAGGUCCAGAGCUGCUCUGCUGCCUGCUCUUUUUACAGUUGUGCAAGUGAACAGAAGUAGUCGAACCAACAAUGAAGCUUCGCCAGCUCUGGUCACUUGGGUCCUGCAACCUGGACAUGGCGUGCAAAAGCUUAAGCAGCAGCUUUGCUGAUGGGGCUUCACCUCAAAUCCACACGAAUCCAAGGUAUCUCCAACCAGAAAUCAUGAACUGGCACUUCUCACUUCUCUUUGUUCUUGGGACGUUAACAUCUGUAUGUUCCCAGUUCAGUUUUUAUCCUCUGGAGGAACUCAGCUCUGAUGUUGGAAUCCAGGUCUUCAAUCAGAUAGUGAAAGCUAAGCCUCAGGACAAUGUUGUUGUUUCUCCUCAUGGGAUUGCAUCAGUCCUGGGGGUGUUGCAGUUGGGUGCUGAUGGCAAGACAAAGAAGCAGCUGACAACUAUGAUGAGAUACAGCGUAAAUGGAGUUGGUAAAGCGUUAAAGAAGAUAAACAGGCUCAUAGUCUCAAAAAAGAAUAAAGACAUUGUUACAAUUGCUAAUGCAGUGUUUGCAAAGAAUGGCUUUAAAAUGGAAGUGCCUUUUGUUACAAGGAACAAAGAGGUGUUUCAGUGCAGUGUCAAGAGUGUGGACUUCGAGGACCCAAAUGCAGCAUGUGAUUCCAUCAACCAGUGGGUGAAAAAUGAAACAAGGGGAAUGAUUGAUCAGGUUGUAGCUCCAGAUGAUAUUGAUGGCAGUUUGACCAGACUGGUUCUAGUAAAUGCUGUGUAUUUCAAGGGCUUAUGGAAAUCAAGAUUUCGACCCGAAAAUACGAAGAAACGUCCAUUUUAUGGAGCUGAUGGGAAGAUCUACCAAGUUCCCAUGCUGUCCCAAUUAUCUAUCUUCCGCUGUGGCACUACAAGUACUCCAAAUGAGCUGUGGUAUAAUAUUAUUGAAUUGCCGUACCAUGGUGAAAUGAUAAGCAUGUUGAUUGCUCUGCCUACGGAAAACAAAACGCCACUCUCUGCUAUCAUUCCUCACAUCAGCACAAAAACAAUAGGAAGCUGGAUGACAACCAUGGUAGCAAAAAGAGUGCAGGUUAUUUUACCUAAAUUUACAGCAGUAGCAGAAACAGACUUAAAGGACCCUCUGAAAGCUCUUGGCAUUACAGAUAUGUUUGACCAGUCAAAGGCAAACUUUGCAAAAAUAACAAGAACAGAAGGUCUUCAUGUGUCUCAUGUUCUGCAAAAGACAAAAAUUGAAGUUAGUGAAGAUGGAACCAAAGCAUCUGCAGCAACAACUGCAAUUUUAAUAGCCAGGUCAUCCCCUCCCUGGUUCAUAGUAGACAGGCCAUUUGUAUUUUUCAUCCGGCACAAUCCUACAGGUACAAUCUUGUUUAUGGGACAAAUAAACAAACCUUGAAUGUGGAAAAUACUUUCUUCCAGAAGUACAGACUCAUGUGACACAUCCCUGUUCUGUUAAAUAUUUUGUACACUACUCUUUGACUUCACUCAAGCUAGUUUUAACCACUGACUAGGUUUUGAAACGGGAGUCGACGUAGUUCUGGCUUUGUUGGGGAAAAGUACAGAUUGAAAACUAGAGUAUCUCUUCAAAAUGUCUAAAAGAUUCUCUAAACUACUGAAUGGUUACCUAUGCUAACAAACUUUUGAGCUUUUUCUGUAUCUACUAAGAGUUUUAUGUAUGGCUUUUGUGAGAGGAUUUUAACAAGGAAUGAUAAACGUUUCUAUUAAUGUUGGUUUCUUCUUGUGUAUGGAAAAGGUCUAAUUUUGUAGAUACCGCCUAUCAAGAUUUACUUCUGGUUCUUGAGUAUCUUGGUACCUGGAUAUUCUUGGCAGAAAUAGAUUAAAAGUUUAGCAAUUUUUAUUUUAUAUAGUGCAUGUAUCACUGAGAGUUUUAAAACUAAUGUGGUGUUAGAUACACAUCGCAUUGUCCUGUCUUAUUGUAAUGUAAACUUGUCAUUGCUAGUAUACACUUUCUAUUGGAUUUAAAUUUUAUAUUUGUUUUUGUACAAAGGAAAAAAAAUAAAACUGCAUUAUGAACAGUCA